AUGGCCGCGUUGACGUAUGAAUCCUCUGAUUACCGAGUACGAAGUGCAAGAAGAGAGUCCGAACCAGCUGCAAUUACAGGACAGUUGCCGAUAACUUCGAUUGACCUUGGUGACGAAAUAUUGAAAGUUCUGAAAAACAACCCUAUUGGAUUAUCUCCAGAAGGGACUUACCUUCCAGACGAGGAAUAUGAUAGACUGUUGAGGAAAGACAGGAUACAAGCUGCCCUUGGUGGUGGCCGCAAAAUUUUCCCCCUAGUCGAAUACAUUACUAGCCGCGCAAAAAAGACAUUUGCGACAUUGCUGCAGGUAUUUUCUAAUUCUGAAGAUCGUCGCGAUGUCAUAGCCUCCCUAAUGGAGAAAGAAUUCAACGACAGGCUCUUGGAAUCCUGCGAACUUGGUAUGUUAUACUUUCAACAUAGGUUGUGGAACGAGAGAACAAUUGACGAUUUCAAAAAUAAACGGCUGUCAUUUAUUAUCCCCACGUUUGAUAUCAAUGUAUUCAAAUAUGAAUUCGAUAAAAAGCAAAUUCUUCCGUUCACGGUUCUUGACGAAGCAAAUACUCCGCCAAGAAGCGGCCAUUUCAGCGAAGUCGAAUGUGUGAAAAUGUUGACUAGUAAGCAAAAUAAAGUCAACGCUCCUGACAAGACAAUGAGGGUCGCUUUGAAGAAAUUGAAAAAAAUUGGCGACCCUGGCUAUAACAUCCAUAAAGAAUGGGAGCGUGAGGCAAGAGCUCACCAACAGCUAAAUUGUUCAAGUGACAACAUCAUUCAAGCUUUUGCCGCCUACCGCCAAAUUGCGACAAACAGACAGCUCGACGAAUACUAUCUUGUACUUGAAUGGGCCAAUGGCGAAAGCCUCUUUGACUUCUGGGAGAGAAACCCUGAGCCACAAGUGGAUUGUCCCGACGUUGGUAAGGUUCGGCGAAGGAUCAAAGAAGUGGCGGAGCAGCUACAUGGACUAGCGGAGGCUCUCGAAGCAAUGCAUUCUACUAGUGCUCGCACCCCUGGAAAUAGCAGAAAGAAUUCCAUGUCAAACUCGCCUAAACUCCCAUCAGAGAAUACUGCAACCUGGGAGGAGGAUACUUUUGAUAACGGUAGACCAUAUGUGGAUAGCUCUUCUUUGCCUACGUUCAAUUUCGACUCCGAGGAAAACAGCGACAGCAAUGCAACAAUACCAAGCAUCUUGGUUUCUUCUGACCCUGCAAGUUUAAGAGCAGCCGAAAAUUCUGACUCGCUGAAUUGGCGUCAUGGGGAUAUCAAACCGGAGAAUAUAUUACGUUUUACCACUGGCCAAAAAGAUGAUGAAUUAGGGGUCCUAAAGCUCGCAGAUCUGGGAAGAGCUCAACAACAUCAAUUUGUGACAAGCAUGAGACAUACUAAGGAGAAGGAACUUUGGAGAACACGAUGGUACGAACCACCAGACCUUGAGAAGAAGAAUCAUGAGGAGGCUGAAGGCAAAAUUUCACGCCUAUUCGAUAUUUGGUCCAUGGGAUGUGUAAUUUUUGAAGCCGUAUUGUGGUUGCUAUAUGGACACGAGUCUCAUAAUGUCUUCUUGCGCGCGAAUGGAUUUCCCACAGGAGAGAAAGGUGCGACACCAUAUUGGCGGAAAAGAAGAGAUGGAAGCUACGAAUUGACGGAAGCUCUUACAGAGUGGAUAGAACAUAUAUUAGAGCACGACUUAGAACGCGAUGGUAUUAUCGGUGAUUUGAUAAGAUUGACGAGAGAUAGAUUGCUCAAGAUUAAACUGCCUCCAAACUCUGACCUCUACGCCAAAGGUUUCCGUACAAACGCAAAAGAUCUAAAGGAACAGCUUAACAGUAUUCUUGAUCGCGCUGGAGAAAAGAAUUAUUUGUUCAGUGGGAGGGAUCGGACAAGCAUGUCUCUACCCAAUCUUACCAAUUCGGCCACAAAUAAAACAUUACAAUCUACAAGUGGUUCGUUAUUGUCGGCUGAAGAUGCAAGGGGAGUAAAUGUCCCUAUUGUUAAAGGACGGAGAACUGAGAUAGCUCAUCGGCGUGAGUAUACCAGCAACAUAAAAGACCAGUGGAAGACUACUCCUGAAGAUCCUUCAUUUGUUGAGUCGAUAUUAAAGGGCCGGAAAUUCGGUUGUGACGAACCCGAAUUGUGUACAGACUGCAAUGAUAUCGACAUUUCGUCACUGCAUACGGAAACUUCUCACAAUAUGAAUAUACUGGAGACCAAAUCAAUAAAAAAUGAGUGCGACCUCUGCGAAGUAAUCAAUACGGCAGCCAAAGAUCACGGCAUCAAGAGUCGUGAUGGUAUCCAGCAGAUCUCAUUAGUACGAUCAGGCGAUGAUUUCCUUCUGAAAGGAACCAAGCGAAAGUUUCUUCGCCUGAUUGAAUGUGAUGAGAAUCACAAAGACAUUUGUGCACCCAAGGAUACUCAUAUCCUCCCAACAAGGCUCAUCAGUGUCGCAAACCUGAAGAAACCAAAGAUCGUAGCGACGGCAGAUCUCUCUCAGACUAUUCUUCCAGAAAGUAUUCGAUACAUUGCACUUUCUCAUAGAUGGGGGGGUAUGCCUUAUGAAGCGAUGACAACGCAAAAUAUUCUCGAACAACGCCAGAAGAAAAUCCCGAUGGACGAGCUACCACUAAGCUUUAGGAACGCCAUUGCAAUUACGAGCGCACUGGGCUGUACCUAUCUGUGGAUCGAUUCUCUGUGCAUCAUACAAGGUCCUGAUGGUGAUUUUGGUGAGGAGGCAGAUAAGAUGCAAACAACUUUUAACGGUGCGUACUGCAUUUUGGCUGCUUGCAAUGCCGAGAGUGCCAAGGUUGGCUUCUUAGAAAACCGAGAAUCACGAUCAAAAUGUGUCAAGAUCGGUGAUGUCUUUGUCUCACCAAUCACAAUCGAUUUUGAGCGGGAUGUCCUUCACAGCCCCCUAGCCCGGCGUGGAUGGGUUUUACAGGAACGCGCGUUGGCACGCAGAACUAUUUACUUUACAGACAAUCAGACCUAUUGGGAGUGUGGUGAGGGAAUUCGUUGCGAAACAUUGGUAAAGCUCAAGAAGCUAGCUAGCCUCGAUAAGAUAGCUUUCCUCCGUGACCCCAACUUUCCCGACUACACAAUCCGACCAUCAAGCACCGUCGGGGAUCAAAUCAAGCUUUUUAUUGAUUUGUUCCAGAGAUAUACCAGGCUAGAGUUUUCUCAUCCGGAGGACCGUCCUAUCGCAAUUGAUGGACUGAUGGAGCGAUUCACCAUCGCAUUCAAGACACGAAGCUUAGCAGGGCUUUUCAAAACAUUCUGGGGCCGCUUUCUGCUUUGGCGACGGGCUGACAAUACAAGACCGCUGAAAAAGAUUCCAACUGGCACAAAUUAUCGGCGGACACCACCAACUUGGUCAUGGAUGGCUUUUGAUGGCGCAAUCACGUUCAUCGAGCCUGUUGGCGGUCAAGUUUCUUGGAAUGAUGCUGGAGUGAAACUACCAUUUGCUAAUCUUACCGGCUAUCAAACUUCAUGGCUUCGAACAAGCUGCGAGAAUAAUAGUGUGGCUAUCCAAGCCAAAAUAUUUGACUUCAAUAUACCUGCAAAUGCUAGCAGAAAUGAGGCAUGUAUAUACUAUGAUGACUCAACAAUUGUUACAGCAAAAUGUGUACUUGUUGGUACUGACAAAUAUCAUGUCAAUGAUGCAAGCAUGAAGAAACAUUACGUUUUGAUCGUCAAGCCACUCUCAGACAUCCUCAGUACGACAUCUUACGAACGUUGCGGCGUUGGAUACAUACUAGGCAAGUAUAUCCGCUUGGGCGAACCUUCUGUUUAUGUGCCAAUCGAGUAG